GCCAAGCCGCCGCGCAGCCAAUAGGCAGGGAGGGCGCGUGGAGGGCCUGGUGCCGCCCCGCUCCCGGUACCGGCCCCGGUCCCCGGGCAUCGGCCCCGGUCUCCGGGCAACGCCGCCGCCAUGGAGCCGGCCGAGGCCGAGUUUCUGGCCGAGAAGGAGAUGGUGACCAUCGUGCCCAACUUCAGCCUCGACCGGAUCCACCUGAUCGGGGGGGAUCUGGGUCCCUUCAAUCCUGGCUUGCCGGUGGAAGUGCCUGUCUGGCUGGCCAUUAGCCUGAAGCAGAGGCAGAAGUGUCGGCUGAUUCCUCCAGAGUGGAUGGAUGUUGAAAAACUGGAGGAAAUCCGGGAUCAGGAGCGCAAAGAGGACACCUUCACUCCAAUGCCCAGCCCCUAUUACAUGGAACUCACCAAGCUUCUGCUAAACUAUGCCUCAGACAACAUCCCCAAAGCCGACGAGAUCCGCACGCUGGUGAAGGAGACGUGGGACACUCGGAUCGCCAAGCUGCGGCUGUCUGCGGACAGCUUCGUCAGGCAGCAGGAGGCUCACGCCAAGCUGGAUAACUUAACCCUGAUGGAGAUCAACACGACAGGGACUUUCCUUACCCAAGCCUUAGAUCAUAUGUACAAGCUCCGGACUAAUCUUCAGCCUGGUGAGAGUUCCCAAUCUCAGGAUUUUUGAGGUGCUAGCCAGCCUUCAGACCUCACAGGAGAGGGCAGUGGGAAAGAGCAGGCUCUGCUCGUCGCUCCUGGACCUUCAUCUGGCUGCCCUCCACAGAUCUCCUUAAGCCACCAGAGCUUCGUACCCCUUUUGCUGCCUGCAAAAACCCCUUCCUCAGCAGCCAAUGCAGGCAGGCAGAGGAGGGAGCAGGCAGCUUCUUGGCUGGCUGGGAAUGGCUCCAGAGCUGCUGAUGGCUCAGGAGAAUCCCUAUACACACUCACUCUUUGCAGAGGUGAGCCUCUCCCUUGGCUUCUGAGAUCUCUUUGGUGCAGGUGGUGGCUUGCCAGGCUGCUGGUUAAUGAUGUCAAGCGGAUCUCUCCGCCCUGGAGAACGUGGGUGUACUUCAUAGAGGGAACUUCUGAGGGCAGCACAGGCCACACACACUGGUUUGAAAGCAAUAAAAUUGCUGGGCGGUGCUUUUCCAAGCCUUGGAGAGAAAAAAGGAGCGAGCGGCGGGGGGGAGGGAAAGAUGUGCGGGCAGUGAGAGGUGUCUGCAGCUCUGCUGGGGAGAUCAGCUGGGAAGCAGAUCCAUCUGCUCUGCGGAGAAGGACAAAAGAAAACGUGGGGGGGGGUUUUCCCCUUCUCCAAAGCCUGGCUGUCUUGUACUAUCGUGCAUCUGACUUCUUUUCAAUUGGGAACUGUAUAAAAAAUACUAAUAAAAGGCUAAUUGCAGCCGAGCAAAUUGCA